AUGGCUUCACAGGCUGUGAAGACUCGUAGUGGACGUCAAUCCAAGCCCUCUGAAAAGAAAGGGUACAUGGAUGGGCAACAGGACCCGGACAACACAGGGAAGAAAGCGAAACGCAAGCGAGGUGACAAGGAGAACGCUCCGGAAAAGAAGAAGGGAAAAGUCCAGCACGAGCCAGCUCAGAAGGAGGUGAGCAGCAGAAUGACGGCGUUAGCAAGCGUGCGGGGCACUCAUCCAAAGCAGUUCAACAUCGUAGCUCUGCCGACUAACAGCACCGCCAACAAAAGCCAAUCCAUAGACCUGCGUGCACGCUCAGCUCCUAUCCCAAAACCGAAGGUCACUCCUGCGCGCAAGGUAGCCGGCGAACGUCACCCCGUCCCGACGUCAUCUCCGCGUCGAACGCUCACUCCUGCGAACAGAGAGCGCCUUCUUCAACUGAAGAAGCCGUUCGGAGCCGCAUCGGUGGGACGUCAUGCUACUGCCGCAACCAUGCCAUCGAUGUCCCAGCCCGAGGCACGCAAGAUGGAGCGGCCGAAAAGGAAGCAGUACUCGUCUUCUCAGCCUGUGCAAUCCGUGCGGCCGCGUCAUCCUCGAGAGAGCGGCCAACGUGUUCGUCAUCAACAAAUCACUUAUGGCCGCCCAAAGCUGGCUCAGGUCACUGAAGAUCACGAAGAUCGGCACACAUCUGAUCAGCGCAGGGGCUACGUCAAUACGAGUCAGUACGACCAGGGCGAGGGCGAGGAAGGUGGCGGUGGCAAUGAGGAUGAUGACGAGCACCAAGGCGAGUACGGCAGCCAUGCAGAUGAGGGAGAUGACUGGAGCGGCUACCCGCAACAGGAUGCCGAUGACGAGCAAGAAGAGGAUGAUUACGACCCUGAUAUGGACGACAUGGUGCCUCGGCCAAGCGCUGCACCUAGUCAAGAUUGGCGCGGAAUGGAAAACCACCUGACCGGUAUGUCAUACAAUCCCCACUUCCACCUUCAUUGCUGA